GCGAGCAGUAACCUCAGCCCCUGUUUGCUCCCGCAGCAUUACUUCACUGUUAACUUCAAUCAUGAGAACCAGAAGACCCUGGAGCUGAGGACCGAGGAUGCCAAGGACUGUGACGAGUGGGUGGCAGCCAUAGCUCACGCCAGCUACAGGAACCUGGCGACGGAGCAUGAGGCGCUGAUGCAGAAGUACCUCCAUCUCCUGCAGAUUGUGGAAACGGAGAAGACCGUUGCCAAGCAACUCCGCCAGCAGAUCGAGGACGGGGAGAUCGAGAUCGAGCGCCUGAAGGCCGAGAUCGCCUCUCUGCUCAAGGACCAUGAGCGCAUCCAAGCCGGCCAGACCAGCACGCCCAGCGACGAUGACAGUGACAUCAAGAAAAUCAAGAAGGUCCAGAGCUUCCUGCGGGGCUGGCUGUGCCGAAGGAAGUGGAAGACAAUCAUCCAGGACUAUAUCAGGUCCCCCCACGCCGACAGCAUGCGCAAGAGGAACCAGGUUGUCUUCAGCAUGCUGGAGGCAGAGGCCGAGUAUGUCCAGCAGCUCCAUAUCCUCGUCAACAACUUCCUCCGGCCGCUGCGGAUGGCAGCCAGCUCCAAGAAGCCUCCCAUCACGCACGACGACGUCAGUAGCAUAUUCCUCAACAGCGAAACGAUCAUGUUUUUGCACCAAAUCUUUUACCAAGGCCUGAAGGCGAGGAUAUCCAGCUGGCCAACGCUCGUGCUGGCCGACUUGUUCGACAUCCUGCUGCCCAUGCUGAACAUCUACCAGGAGUUCGUGAGGAACCACCAGUACAGCCUGCAGAUCCUGGCCCACUGCAAGCAGAACCGGGACUUUGACAAGCUGCUGAAGCACUACGAAGCCAAGCCUGACUGCGAGGAGAGGACCCUGGAGACCUUCCUGACCUACCCCAUGUUCCAGAUCCCCAGGUACAUCCUGACGCUGCACGAGCUGCUGGCUCACACCCCCCACGAGCACGUGGAGAGGAACAGCCUGGAUUACGCCAAGUCCAAGCUGGAAGAGCUCUCCAGGAUAAUGCACGACGAAGUGAGUGAGACCGAAAAUAUCCGAAAAAACACCGGGGGCCCGGGGGCCACCUCACCCUCCCCCCGGGGCUGCAGCCUCCUGGGGGAACCGGACUGGGAGCAGGCAGGCAGCCGGAUUUAUUUUGCAUGGUCCAGACGCCUUGUCCAUGAUCAUCACCCCAUCCCUGCCCCUGUUCCCGGGGCAGUGGCUGUGGGGUGGGGGGCCAGGGCAGCCCUCAGUCCCCCCAGGGGGGAUCCUGCUGCUGAGCCCCAACUCCCACCCCUGCAGAACGGCGUGAUCUCCCUCAUCGACUGCACGCUGGUGGAGGAGCAGGAGAGCACCGACGAGGAUGCAAAAACAUCAGGGCAAGACAUUGACCAUCUUGACUUCAAAAUCGUAGUGGAGCCUAAAGAUUCCUCAUCUUUUACGGUUAUCCUGGUGGCCUCAUCCAGGCAGGAGAAGGCUGCAUGGACCAGUGACAUCAGCCAGUGCGUGGACAACAUCCGCUGCAAUGGCCUCAUGAUGAAUGCCUUUGAGGAGAACUCCAAGGUCACCGUCCCCCAGAUGAUCAAGUCUGAUGCCAGCUUGUAUUGUGAUGAUGUUGACAUUAGGUUCAGUAAAACGAUGAAUUCCUGCAAGGUCCUGCAGAUCCGCUAUGCAAGUGUGGAGCGGCUCCUGGAGAGGCUGACAGACCUGCGGUUCCUGAGCAUUGACUUUCUGAACACGUUCCUGCAUUCGUACCGCGUCUUCACCACUGCCCUGGUUGUCCUCGACAAGCUCAUCACCAUCUACAAGAAGCCCAUCAGCGCCAUACCUGCACGGUCCCUGGAGCUCCUGUUUGCAAACAGCCAGAACAACAAGCUGCUGUAUGGCGAGCCCCCCAAGUCCCCCAGGGCCAACCGCAAGUUCUCCUCGCCUCCCCCCCUCUCCAUCACCAAGUCCUCGUCCCCCAGCCGACGGAGGAAGCUCUCCCUCAACAUCCCCAUCAUCACGGGAGGGAAGGCGCUGGACCUGGCUGCCCUCAGCUGCUCCUCUAACGGCUACGCCAGCAUGUACUCCUCCAUGGCUCCCUUCAGCAAGACCACCCUGGACAUAAACAAACUCUACGUGUCCAGUAACUAUCCCAACAAAAUCCCUGAUGAAGGAGAAGCCACCUCAGAAAAGCAAGAGGAGUCACUGCCGAGCAAGCAGAGCUCAGAGGUGUCUGUCAGGGAAGAGUCGGACACGGAUCCCAACCAGAGUGAUGAAGCAGAAGCUGAAACUUCCCCAACAAAAUCUCCAACGACUCCUAAGUCCAUCAAGUGCAAAAAUUCAUCAGAUUUCUCGUUGUUUUCUUACAACAACGGCGUGGUCAUGCCGUCCUGCCGGGAGCUCGACAGCACCCGCAGCGCCCUGUCUGCUGCCUCUGCCUUCGCCAUCGCCACAGCAGGAGCCAACGAGGGGACCCCCACCAAGGAGAAGUACCGCAGGAUGUCCCUUGCCAGUGCAGGCUUUCCGACGGACCAGCGGAAUGGAGACAAGGAGUUUGUGAUCCGGAGGGCAGCCACCAACCGGGUCCUCAAUGUACUGCGGCAUUGGGUCUCCAAACACUCACAGGACUUUGAAAGCAACGAGGAGCUGAAGUUCAGGGUGAUUGGCUUUCUGGAGGAGGUGAUUCACGACCCCGAGCUCCUGACCCAGGAGAGGAAGGCAGCUGCCAACAUCAUAAGGACCUUGACCCAGGAGGACCCAGGAGACAACCAGAUAACCCUGGAGGAGGUCGUACAGAUGGCUGAGGGAGUCAAAGCAGAACCUUUUGAAAACCACUCAGCCCUGGAAAUAGCGGAACAGCUGACGCUGCUGGAUCACCUGGUCUUCAAGAAGAUCCCCUACGAAGAGUUCUUUGGGCAAGGUUGGAUGAAGCUUGAGAAGAACGAAAGGACUCCCUACAUCAUGAAGAACACAAAACACUUCAACGAUGUCAGUAACCUGAUCGCGUCUGAGAUCCUCCGGAAUGAGGAGAUCAAUGCGCGGGUCAGCGCCAUUGAGAAAUGGGUGGCGGUGGCAGACAUCUGCAGGUGCCUGCACAACUACAACGCGGUGCUGGAGAUCACCUCCUCCCUCAACCGCAGUGCCAUCUUCCGCCUGAAGAAGACCUGGCUCAAGGUCUCCAAGCAGACAAAGGCUCUGAUCGAUAAGCUACAAAAGCUGGUGUCGUCAGAGGGCAGGUUCAAGAACCUGAGGGAAGCACUGAAAAAUUGUGACCCUCCAUGUGUCCCCUACCUGGGAAUGUACCUGACCGACCUGGCAUUCAUCGAGGAGGGUACCCCGAAUUACACCGAGGACGGCCUGGUGAACUUCUCCAAAAUGAGGAUGAUUUCACACAUCAUAAGAGAGAUCCGCCAGUUCCAGCAAACCUCCUACAAGAUUGAGCACCAGCCUAAGGUGACGCAGUACCUGUUGGACCAGUCAUUUGUGAUGGACGAAGAAACCCUUUAUGAAGCUUCUCUGCGAAUAGAGCCCAAACUGCCUUCUUGAGCCUGAGCAGUGGCCGGCGGCCGCUGGCAUACACACACUAUCCCAUCCUGUAAAUAUCUGUUUCUGUUGGACGCCCUGGAGUGACUCCCACGUCUGUGCUUCUCCAAGCAAACCGCCCCCCUCGUUCUUAGGCCGCAGUAGACCUCGCGUAGGAUUUCCCGCAUCGUUUAAGGUUUCAUGCAUCAACACUUUGCUGGAGUCCCGGUUUCUUUUCGAUGAUGUUAUUUUUGUCAUUUGUUCUUCUCGAGGGGGCUGGCGGUGGGUUGGGGUGAACCCCCGCGUUCCCAGGGGGUCUUGGGCAGCUCGGAGUGGCUCUUGCUCAGGCAGUGUCAGCUGUGACAUCCCUGGGCAAGUUUGGUGAGGCAGGGGAAGAGAAGGCAUUAAAGUUGAUCCCUCCAUGUGAAGCUGCCUGCUCUCUGUGUGCCACUCCCUGCGCUGGCUGGGCAUGGGGGGGCCUCUCGGCCGCUGCCCCCACUCCCUCCUACAUCGGGAAGAUGGAAAAGUCCCUUUGACUCUCCUCGCUGCGUACGGCUCACGACAAGCUUCUGUUGAUAUGCUGUAGAUCCGUAGACCUUGUGACCACUAUGAGUAACAUGAUGUAGAAUUAGAAAAAGAUGACCGAGUGUUUUUAUUACAUAUACUGUAAUCCUGUCUAACCACCUUCUAGCAGGAAUAUAGUAAUGUAGUGCUUAUUCUGUGAAUAUUACCAUGUAUUUUUUACAUUGUACAGUAUAUAAACACAGUUUAACUUUACAGUGGCAGGCAUGCUCCACUCUAACAACCAGAACACUUUUGCUGUAAGCAAUACCUCGUGGUAUGAGAAUUCUCUUUCAAGCCCUAAAACUAUUUCAACUUACAGCUUGUUUGGAAAAAUAUUUCCAUUUUUUUUGUAAAAAUAUAUGUUUCCUGAUUACCUCUUGCUAAUAAAUCUAUUCUAUCUCAG